UUGUCAAGGGAAGGGGAGGCGAGGCAGGACUCCGGCGUGGGGAGGGUUCUGCCGCCCGCGCUGACACAGGGGCCAGGCGGGGUUCAGAGCGCUUGUCGCGGCUGGUCCUGACCCGCGGCUGAGAUAUGAGCGAGAGUCUGGAGCCAGGAGUUGGGGGUCAGGGGCAGGGGAAAGAGGAGGCGAGGGACGGCGAACCGGCCCGUCAGCCUCUGACAGAGAGCAAGGAGGCGCUGAAUGGUGAGGUGGGAGCGAACUCGGAGACCCAGCUGCGUCUGGCAGGGGGAGAGACCACCCAUAACCAUGAUCCCGGCGGUGGGCCUCCUUCUACCCCCGACCCGGGGACGGCGCCCGGACAGGUCGACCCUCCCGAGGGGGGCUGGGGCUGGGUGGUGAUGUUGGCUUCCAUGUGGUGUAACGGCUCGGUCUUUGGCAUCCAGAACUCUUUCGGGCUACUGUAUCUGUCCCUGCUGGAAAAUUUCGGGGGCACAGAAGACAAACAUCUGCAGUUUAAGACAGCAUGGGUAGGCUCGGUGUCCGUGGGGAUGAUUUUCCUCUGCGCCCCCAUUGUGAGUGUUUUCACCGACUUGUAUGGGUGCAGGAAGACGGCAGUUGCUGGAGCUACUGUGGCUUUCAUUGGGCUAAUUGGGAGCUCGUUCGUCACAUCGCUGGAACCUCUGUAUUUCACAUACGGAAUAGUUUUCGGCUGUGGUUGUUCAUUUGCCUACCAACCGUCUCUGGUGAUUCUGGGCCAUUACUUCAAACAGCGGCUGGGACUAGUGAACGGAAUCGUCACCGCAGGCAGCAGUGUGUUCACCAUUGUUCUGCCUUUGCUCCUGAAGCAGCUGCUGCCGAAGAUCGGGCUCAGCCACACGCUACGUGUCAUUAGUGCCUUCAUGUUCGUGCUGUUUCUGGCUGGGUUCACUUACAAACCUUUCCUGCCAGAAGAGGACAAGAGUAAAUCCUCAGAACGAAAAAAACUCAACUUCAAAAAAUUGUUCAAUAUGAAGAUAUGGAAGCUACUUGGGUACCGCAUCUGGACUAUUGGAAUCCCAACUGCACUCUUCGGAUACUUUGUGCCUUAUGUUCAUCUUAUGAAGUACGUGGAAGAAACCUUUAAGUUGGACAAUGAAGAAGUUCUGCUAAUGUGCAUUGGGAUCACAUCAGGGGUUGGCCGGCUGCUAUUCGGUCGGGUGGCGGAUUACCUACAUGGUGCAAAUAAAGUUUUUCUUCAGGUGGGGUCAUUCUUCGUCAUUGGCCUGAUGUCCAUGAUGAUUCCUGUUUGCCAAGGUUUCGGUGGCCUCGUCACUGUGUGCCUUUUCAUGGGUCUUUUUGAUGGCUGUUUCAUCUCUAUCAUGGCUCCCAUUGCUUUUGAGCUUGUGGGUUCGGAGGAUGUGUCCCAGGCGAUAGGAUUCCUCCUUGGGCUGAUGUCUAUACCGAUUACAUCCGGGCCACCAAUCGCAGGCUUUCUGCGUGACACUCUGGGGAACUACAAUCUUGCCUUUUACCUGGCCGGCGUGCCGCCGUUCAUCGGAGGUUCUAUCCUCUGUGCCAUCCCAUGGAUCCAAUACAAGAAGCGCAAGCGACAGGAACAGCAGGCGGAACUGGCGGGAGAAACUGCAGCCAAGAUGCUGGAUCAGAAUUCCAGAAACGCCCCCCUGCAGAACAGUGACGAACCACAGAAGGAAUGUGCAACCUCUAUUUGACGUCACGGUUCCUCCCGUCAGACCCGACAGUGUUCACGGUUUUACAGAUUAUUUUAUGUGAACUUCUCUUGCUAUCACAACAAACUAUUAGGAAUUCUCUGUGGGGAAAAUCUACACCAAUGACAAAUCUUUUAAAUGUAUAAUUCUGUUUAGGGAAGGAUUAUUGGAUAAGUUGUACUUUUGGCUAUUUUCUCUAAUUUAACUUCUUGAACUUCAUUGUUGUUCUCCAAUCAAAGCUAAGUUUAUAACAGUAUCACUGUUGAUCUAGUUUACUUGAUUAUGCCUCCAAGUAUUCUGAGGAGAGGCUGAUUACAAAGAGCAAUAACGUCCUCAGGAACAGUCCAACUGGUCUGUGAUCUAUUAGCGAGACGCUAUAUUUAACUGGAAGCCGCAUUUUUGAAUUUUUCGAAGUGAGUAUAUUGUCAAAUUUCCUGCAAAAAAAAAAGCUCCAUAAAUUUAGAAUCUUAAAUACCGUGGGGGAAUUGUCCGGGAGCUCAGUGUGGUUACUUACUCCUGGGAUAACUGGAAAUUCCUGAUGUGACUUUACUUUCCAAUAUAAAAUUUUGAAGGUGUUGGCGCUGACCUGGCCCGGUGGGAGAGGGAAGAAUCGGUGGUGAACAAUGAGUAUUGCUGACGUGUGGGAUGGUGAGCAAGCUUCCACAUGGUGGUCAGGGGGCUCCUGUGACUGCCUGAUGCUUCAAAUGGUUGAAAGCCUCCCACUACACCACCCGCCUGCCACCAGUGUUCACUGCCAUCGGUCUUGUUGGAACUGUGUUCGUUUUGGGAUUGGUGCUUUUCCUCUGAAAGAAGCUUUCUGCAAGUCUGAAUUCGGGCUUAUCCUGACAUGUAGGGUCGACGCCAGUAAAGGCAGUUAACACCCAGCCUUGCCACGUAGCCGGGUUACACACCGGCCGAGUCUUACCGAGGUCAGGCUGGACUGCUGAGCUGACCCACGGCUGUUUCCGUCUUCUCCAGACCUGCCAAUGACACUGCCUCGGCCGUACCGGAGCACCUCUGCGCAGUAAAACUGCAGCUGGGGGGAAUGCGAUGUGGAACAAGACGGGGCAAACCACUACUACAUGAAUUAAAACAAAGGGAGGCAAACUUUAUUGUGACCAUAUUGCCAAAACACAAUUGACUUGCUAAAUACGUUUACACUGAGUAUUCAUUGUAAUGAAGCAGUCAUGAUUUAGAAUAUGCAAUCAAUUGAUUCCUUAAAGAUCACCUUUUUCUGUUUGUAGUUUUGUAGAAAUUGAAUAUUUUAUUCAAAGUAAGCAAAGUUUUUUAGAUUGGGUGCAGACUCCUGAGGGGGGAAAUGGUUUAUUGUCCUGCUGCUACCCAAGCCGCUGCUCACUACUCGAGCUCUCCCCACCUCUAUUGCUGAUGUAUCGAAGAUAGGUUUAUGCACCUGUUGUCUGACAUGAACUGACCUAUACACUUUUUGAACAGUUCCCAUACAUACAGUAUCAGUAGACUACCUCAUCUGAUUUGAGCUAUGCAGCCACUGCAAACUGAAGCAUUUGAUUAAAGUAAUGAAGACAUUGGAUUGGGUGGGGAGGUGGAGAGCAAGUUUUUUUUAAAAAUAUAAUGUCUGUUUAUAUAAUUGCGUUCGAGCUCAGUGUAUAUGCCUAGCCACUCAGCAGAACAGGAAUUUGGCUCAGUUUUUUGCAACUGCAUCAUAAAUAAUGUAUUGCACACUGAUUUAUUUCUUACUAGUCUAUCAAAAGGUCUGAGAUGUUUCCCUAGAUCACCUGCCACGGGGGUGGUGGUGAAAGGGGAGAAUCAAAAACUACAAAUCUUCGCAGAAUUGUUAGGUAGAAAACGACUCUACACUGGUGUGUACUGUCAUCUGACGUGUAUACAGAUGGCCCACAAUGUACAAAUUUCUUUAAUACACUAGUCAUGUUUCAUCGCCUCUCCCAAUCAACUCAUUCUGAGGUGUGUACAGUUCUUCAAUUUAAAGAAAUAUAUAUAUAUAUAACUUGUAUAUUACUGAAGUUAUUUUAAGUUAGUAUAUAAUAUACUCCAAAGUACAUUGGCAUCUAUAGACUAUACCAAUUAAAUUCACUAAUAUUUUGCCCACACUGAACCUCUCUAGAGGCUAGAACCACAAUAUUCAUGGUGAGUUCAUCUCAUAAAGGCAUAAUGUCCCCAAGAUGAAUCCCAACAACUAAGCUCAUCUAUUGAGUAUGUAGACUCAAGGAUCCAGGCCUACUCAACUCAUCAGUUGUGAGUGUGCAAUGGCCUUCCAGACCUCUCCAUUUGUCUGGGACUCUAUUGUCACUCCCUUUUCCAAUCUUUGACCUCUCAUUGACUGCCCAGUGUAUCCAUCCUGAUCCAUCACUGCCCCCUCUCAACUCCAUUCAUCCCAGCUUUUAGCUGGGGUCUUCAACACCUGUUAUAAUGCCCCUUCCUAGCACCCUUACAAACCAAAGCUAAAGGCUGCCUUGGGAUUACUCUUUGAAAUUUGCUCCAUUAGCCUCUUAAUUCCCUGCAUUUAAGAGCCCACGACAGAACAGACCCUUUGAUUUUGCAGGUACGGCAUGUGGAAAAAGCACUCAGAUGGUGUGAGCAUUGCAAACCACAUCCGCCACAUUUUAUCUCAGGCCUGAGGCAGCUGCGUGUUUUUGUGCAAUCCAAUCUCAACAAUGCCAGCGCACCUCCUGCGUGUAAAGUCUAAUUGCAUCGCAGAAGGUCAGCACAAGUGACUGCAAGUGAAUAAAUAUUGCAGGGUGAUUCUUUUAUUUUUGUAAUAAUAGUCAUCAUUUGGAAACUUAACCUCGUGGUGGGUUUUAUGUUGGUCAGAGGUUGCCACAAAUUGAAACAUUCCAAAGAAGAGAAGUUUUGUUUUAGAUGCAUUCAAUGAAGAAGUAAAUUAUUACUUGGUUUCGAGUGUAUAGUGUGUACCAAAUAUCCUAGAGCAUUUUAAAGUAUGUGUGUUGUAAUUUCUUGAGAAAUUCAUUCAGAGCAAUGGUAAUUGAUGAAGUUCCUGGAUCCAGCCAGGUGAUCUUUGGAGACCAACUAUAGUUAUGAAGGGAUCGUUCCCAAUUAAUUUGGUUCCACAUGGAAGCAACAAAGACAGAAACCUGUGUUUGGAAAAGAACAACAGGUCUCAUCUUAGAAAAUGUAGAUCUUUCUAACAUUAUUGACCGGUAAAAUGAUAUCACUCACACUAAGCAGUUUGAACCUCGAUUGAAUGCUACCAAGAGUAGGGUAAAGGUCUCUCCCUAUUUUUUGAUGAAGUUGUAAACAGAAAAGAAUGCAGAUGUUGCAUCUCCUGUGCUGCAACUACUUGUGCAAACGUUAAGUUGCAGGGCAGAUAGUGAUGAUUUCUGCCGUGGUGAAUGGAUGCAAGAUGCCAUGGCCGGCUGGCUGUAGCAGGAGGACAUGCGUUUGCCAUGUGCUUUUAAAGAUCCACAGAAGGUCAAGUUUGAGGUGUGCAGAUAUCUGAGUGUGUUAUCUCAGUGUGUGUUAGUGUCAAGUACAGUUAUGUCCAUUUGAACUUUCAGGUAGCAUAGAGUCUGUUAGCACAGGCAUUUACAUAACUGCUACAACCAAUUAUAGAGUCCCAACAUUUCAGAGUCUCCAUUCUAGUUAUUCUCAUCCAUUCAGAAGCUUAAAGACAGGAGUAUAAUGACAACUGUGUUGGAAUACCUUGGAUGUAUUUUUUAUUCCGACAUUCUAAGGAGCUCAUUGCUGAUCAUUGGCUAAAUGCUCUUGACUUUCUGUAACAUGAUUGUCAAGCAUUGCAAUAUGACAAACUGCUGUUUGUUAAUGAUAUCAUGCCUUUUGUGGUGGAACUGGUUUCCGCACUGUCCGUUGUAUUUUACUUUAGUCCAGUUAGGAAUUUUGAUUUGUGUAGUUAAAAAAAAAUUUAAAAAUCCCAAAUUAUGAGCAGGUGCUGUUGAAAUUACUUGUUAAUCUUUUCUCAAAUCUAUGUAGCUGUCCUCAGUAACUUUGAAUCAAUGUUUUGCUUAAAAAGGUAUGCACUUUGAUCAAGCAAAUUCUCUCUUGCUAUUCUCAUUGUCAGAAAGUGUCAUGUUGUAAACUCCUGUCAUUGUGUUAACCUGUGGUGGGUUUCUUACCCGAUGCUCGCUGCUGAAGGUGUCAAUCAUUAACGUGCCCUAAAUUUACCGUCAAUGAUCGUCUGGGUUUGUGUUAUUUGGUAAACUCCACAUUCAGUCAAGAAUUUUAGGCAGGCGUUACAAGGCGUUCCCUGCAACUGAAAGACUGCAUUUGUCGUUUAAUCAUUCAUUAAUUGUUGCUUCUUUGCUAUUAUGCAAAGUUUGAAUCUGCUAAUAAUUGCAAUAACUUCAGUGAAAAUAAGUUUACAAGAGAAGCAGGUUAUCUGUAUACUGGUAAAAUCAUUUACCAACAUGGAAAAUGCAUAUUUACAAUAUGUGCUGUAACGUGCAGUCCUCAGAUCAUUUUUGUGAAUCAUACCAUAUGUCAUUAUUUUAUCUGAAUUUUUGGAUUUUUAAAAAAAAAAUCAAUUAAACUUGUGAAGAACAAUCUGUUUAAGAGCAAAUGGAAUUCAAGGAUUUUUUUCUAGUAAUACUACUUGUUUCUGAGAGGAACACCUAAAUUGGAAAUAUGCAAUAAAAUAUAAAAUUGAA